AUGUUUUUGUGGUCAUUUGCGGCACUAGGCCGUUAUUAUGUAAUUUCAGGAUAUGAAUUAUCCGAUCAAGAGUUGGAAAGACAACUAGAGCUUCUAAAUAAGCCUGCUGUUACAACUAUUCAGACAAAAUACGGUGAGGAAUAUGAUUGUAUCGAUUUUUACCAACAACCCGCGUUUGAUCAUCCUUUAUUAAAGGAACAUAAGUAUGAGUAUAAGAAUCAUCGGUUAAAUCCAAGAACAUAUAGUGACGCAUCUUAUAUUAAUCCAUUUGAUAUUUGGAUAAAUGGAAAAGGAUGUCCAACCAAUACCGUUCCAAUUAAAAGAAUCACAAAAGAAGACCUUAUUAGAGCAAAUUCGGCUAGUGAAUUAGCCUAUACAAAUUCCGACAAUCUAAAUCCAGGUGUUGAAGUUGCCGUUUUGAGGACAACUAAAAACAAGAAGUACUAUGGAGGUGGAAUGAUUGGAGCUGUAUAUCAUCCUGCAGUUCAAAGUUCACAAUAUAGCUCCAGUCAUUUUAAAUGUGAAAACUAUCCAGAUAGUAUUGCUGUUGGAUGGACGGUUAAUCCAAGCUUAUAUCCAGACAAUGAAACUCAUCUUUUCAUAUAUACAAUUACCAAGGACUCGCAUUGUUAUAAUACCUACUGUCCUGGCUUUCUAAUCAUGUCCCCGGCGAUACCUCUAGAUUUGCUACUGAAACCAUAUUCUAGGCCUGGGAUAAAGAUGAUGGAGUUGAAGUUCCAUAUCCGCAAGGAUGCUAUAAAUGGAGACUGGUUUCUUCAGCUGGGACCUAACAAUUUUACCGUUGGGUCUUGGCCGCAAAGAAUAUUCACAAGCUUGGCAGAUUCGGCAAAUUAUGUAGAAUGGGGAGGAGAAGUUUAUAGCCCGCCGAACAUGACUCCGCCGCAGAUGGGCGCCGGCUACAAGCCUAUGCAAAAACUUCGAUUCGAUUGCUACGGUAGGCUGGUCAACCUAAUAGAUGAAUUGCACGAAGAUGAUUAUAAUCCUCCGUCAUGUAAAACUUAUCAAAGUAGCAAGAGAUAUCAGAUAAUCGACGAAGGAGAUGUUAAAGAAGACUUGAGUCGCCUUAUUCUCUUUGGUGGUAGCUAGGUGAUGUACAUACUCUACAACC